AUGGAUAGCCCGUCCCAGGUUCCCGAAGCGAUGAACGACUGUUCUCAUUUGAACAUCCCCUCUCCGGAAAUGGCGCGAACAUUCCAGCUAGUUCACAGCAAGCACGAGGGUACGGAAUCGGAUUGUCGUGGUAAUCGUCCCGAAUGGAUUGACGACCGACUGACAAAAGGACAGUGGAUCAGCUGUGAAUGA